GAAGGAAGAUGGUGGCGAGCGCCCGGGUGCAGAAGCUGGUCCGGCGGUACAAGCUGGCGAUCGCCACGGCGCUGGCCAUCCUGCUCGUCCAGGGCCUGGUGGUGUGGAGCUUCAGCAGCCUGGAGGAGGACGAGCAGGGCGAGGGACGGCAGAAGAAGGCCCGAAUACUCGAAAAUGGAGAAGGAUCCAAGGAUUCAGACAGCUCAGCAGGCCGACGGGGAAGCUUGAGCCGGAAGCACGGACGAUGGAAGAAUCGCCCGGACAAUCCAGGUGUUCUGGUAGCCAAGGUGGUGAGAGCUGUCACAGUGAAGCACAAACCUGGGCGCAGGAUGCCAGUCUACCUGGAUUCCUCCAGUAGGAGUAACCUGACAGAGCUCAGAGGGGAUGCCCAGUUGGCAGUGUUCCAACAUGGGGACACAGGCAGCGUGGAAGGAGCACCACAGCCCACUGAGAACAACUUCUCUCCCAAGUGUGAGAUCACAGGAAAGGAUGCGCUGUCUGCAUUAGCCAGAGCCAGCAGUAAGCAGUGUCAGCAGGAGAUUGCCAAUGUGGUGUGCCUGCACCAAGCAGGGAACCUAAUGCCACGCUCUCUGCCCCGGCAGUGCAAGCUCUCAGGGAAAGUCAGCCCUGUGAUCCAGUGGGACGACAGCAGAAUGCUACAGGUCUCGGUGAGCAAGCCAGUACGGAUUGCCUACAUGUUGGUGGUUCAUGGGCGAGCCAUCCGCCAACUGAAGCGCCUCAUCAAAGCCGUGUAUCAUCAGCAACAUUUCUUCUACAUCCAUGUUGACAAGCGCUCCACUUACCUACACCGUGAAGUAUUGGAGCUGGCCCAGCAUUAUACCAACAUCCGGGUCACCCCCUGGCAUAUGGUCACUAUCUGGGGCGGAGCCAGCCUACUGAAGAUGUACCUGCGCAGCAUGAAGGAUCUGCUGGAGAUGACGGACUGGCCGUGGGAUUAUUUCAUCAACCUGAGUGCCACAGACUACCCUACGAGGACCAAUGAGGAGCUGGUGACGUUCCUGUCAAAAUACCGAGACAAGAAUUUCCUGAAGUCUCAUGGUCGAGAUAAUGCCAGGUUCAUCAAGAAGCAGGGCCUAGACCGACUUUUCCAUGAAUGCGACUCUCAUAUGUGGCGGCUGGGCGAACGGCAGAUCCCGGAGGGCAUUGUGGUGGACGGCGGUUCAGAUUGGUUUGCCCUCACUCGCAGUUUUGUGGAAUAUGUCGUCUACACCACCGACAAACUGGUCUCCCAGCUGCGGCAGUUCUACACGUACACACUUCUUCCAGCAGAGUCCUUUUUCCAUACUGUCCUGGAGAACAGCCAUGCCUGUGAUACCCUGGUCGACAACAACCUCCGGGUGACAAACUGGAACCGCAAGUUGGGCUGCAAGUGCCAGUAUAAGCACAUUGUUGACUGGUGUGGCUGCUCACCGAAUGACUUCAAGCCACAAGACUUCUUGAGACUACAGCAACUCUCCAGACCCACCUUCUUUGCCCGGAAGUUCGAAUCAACUAUCAAUCAAGAGGUGCUGGAGAUCUUGGACUCUCAUCUCUAUGGUAACUACCCACCUAACACGCCAGCCCUCAAGGCCUAUUGGGAGAGUGUCUAUGACCGCGUGGAUGGGCUGAGUGGGCUCAGCGACGUCACCCUGACUGUGUACACAUCCUUCUCCAGGCUGGGGCUACAGAAAGUGACGUCUACGCAGGCACAGAAAGAUGAGAGGCUUUGCAGGUUUGAGCCACAGGGCUUCCCAUCCAGUGUGCAUCUGUAUUUCUAUGAUGACCAUUUCCAGGGUUACUUGGUGACUCAGGAGGUGCAGAACUCUGUAACGCAGCAGGCGGAGUCUCUAGAAAUGUGGAUGAUGCCCCGCGGGACACUCAAACUAGCAGGUCAUGGGAGACAAACUAACCGCCUGCAGAACCUUGAGGUAGGGACUGAGUGGGAUCCCAAGGAGAGGAUCUUCCGCAACUUUGGUGGUCUGAUUGGGCCUUUUGAUGAGCCAGUGGCUAUGCAGAAAUGGUCACGGGGCCCCAACCUCACGGCCACUGUCGUUUGGAUUGAUCCCACCUACAUCAUCGCCACAUCUUACGACAUCACUGUUGACGCAGAGGCUGAGUUCACACAGUACAAGCCGCCCCUGAACCGGCCCCUUCGCCCUGGCGUGUGGACCAUCCGUCUCCUCCAGUUCUGGGAACCGUUGGGUGAGAGCCAGUUCUUGGUGGUCCCACAGACCUUCAAUCGCAAGCAGCCUCUCAGGAAAGAUGACGGCAAAUGGCUGCACUCCGGUCCUCCCCGCAAUGAGUACAUGGAGCAGAAUUUCCAGGGCCUGGCUGGGAUCUUGAGCCUGCCACGUUUGGAUGAAACAGAACGAGCCGCCUAUCGCCACACACAGCUAGUAGGCAAAGCUCUAGAGAACUGGACAGACAGCAGCAUUGGCAGCUUCUGGUCGGUGGCCGGCCUAUGUGUGGCAAGUCCUUCCAGUUGCUCCAUUCUGGAGCUUUGUAGCAAAACCUCAUGGAGUUCACUCUCCCCGGACCCCAAAUCAGAACUGGGGGCCAUCAAGCCUGACGGGCGACUGAGGUAGCAGGGGCAGCCGGCAGCACAUUGUUGGGAGCAAGGAAGCAUCCACAUGGCAGGCGGAGCAUAUGUUUCCCUGCACACACGAACACACACAGGGAAAACUAGAUUGCGUCGUCCUGUGAUUUUGCACUGGGCAAACAUAAGAGAGGAUUCCUAAAACAGACAGUUAUCUCGUUUGUCUGCGGUGCAAAGAUGAUGUAAAGAUGGAUGUCCCACCCACCAUCUCAGGAUUGGUCAGAGAGAACACAUAGAUGGGAGGAGCCAUCUGUUUAUGAAUCCAUGCAGUGGAAAUUCUGAUCUGGCAGGAAAGCUGCCCGUGUCUUGGCUCCGGCACACUUUUCCCAACAACGGACGAUGCACUACAAGAUCAGGACUUUUUGUUCCCAAAUGGUUGCUGGCAGAGGAUUCUGGGAAACGGAGGGGAGGGUAGACGGGGAAUGCUGGCAGCCAGGCUGUCACUUACUGGGUCUGUGUCCUGUGAGCAGUUGGUGCUAGCUUGAUGCUCAUUUCCCCUCUUCCCACCCCAUCCUUUUAGUUCAUAUUUUUUUAAAUAAAUGUUAUGUGUAUGUAUAAAGCAAAGUGCAAUAGAAACCACAGUCAUUCCUCCUCCCCUUGCCCCACAAAGGAGGGUCUCAGUGUCUCCGUUUCCUUUUUACACUGAACCAUACCUUGUUGUCUUUGGUGAUGUUGUAGGCAUGAGAAGAGGGUGGAAUACUUGGUUUUCUCCUAGUGGUGUUCAUUGCUUGGUUCUUGCUAUAGACAAUUGAGAGAGAGAGAGAGAAACUCUCUCUUUUUUUCCAAUGCAGAGCCAUCCCCCCGCCCCCCCCGCCACUGCCACCCCAAACACACACACUUUAGUUAAAAGUCAGGAGGGAACCAGGCCCCUCUGGCUGCUGUGCCACGGCUCCUCAUUAACAGAGCUGCCAGUCUGUGCCAAACCUCUGUCUAUGUUAAAACCCCCUUGAAAAUGUGUCAAAACGCACCCGGUGAUUCUUCCUUUUGUUAGCCUGAAACCUGGCUGUACUGUAUUUGGUGGCAUCUCGUAGAGCUAGGGGCCUGGCUCCUACCUCUCCCGUCCCAAGGGUCGUGUGGCCUAUCCCGUAUCUGAGCACGAAAUUCCUUCAUGUGGUUUCAGGAUGAAUUCUUUUGCCUUUGGAUUGCCACUGUCUCGAAACCUGCUACUGCUGCCACAGUAAAUAGUCAACGUUUCCUCCCACAUCCCCCAUUUUCCAUCAGUCUGCUGGUUGUUUUUCGGUUUUUGUUUCUAACAUUGUUAAAUAAGUCACGCAGCGCCAUUUGUGUGUCUCCCCCUCCUUUACACAAACAUGUCAGCUCUCUAAAGCUGAAUGCCUUCCAGGCAAAAACAGUGUUUUCAUCCGCUGGGAUUGACCCUGUUCUGUAUUUAAUGUUGUCAUCGGUGUGUAAUCAUAUUUCUUAUCCUGAUACGAUCUUUCAUGUGAGUCCCAGUUGCUGAGUGAACCGCCCCAAGUUGAACUAGGGGCAGCAGUGUCUGGGGCCUAUUGUCUUUUUCCUAAUAGUGGUUAUGAAACAAAAGUGUUAAGAGAAAAGGGGCUCCCUUGAGGCAACCUUUUCUCUAUAAUGUGUGCCAUAUCAAAUUUCAGAGCGAAUGCAUAGCUGACGACUUGACAUGGGAAUGAACUGUUGCUGCAGCCUCUGCAAAGGAACUAAGGAGGUUGCUCUUUUUUUAAAGUUGAUCUGGGCCUCAGGUCAGAGUUCUGAGGUGGACUUGGCAAGAUUUUAAGAAUGUUUGGAUCUCAGGGCUUGGACUGACCCUUUCAUGCGAUAGGGCGUGCCUGCAUUUCUUCAAAACCUGAGUGUUUUCUGGGUCAGAGACAUGCAGAUCAUAAACAAUCUCUGGCUUUUGCUUUAAGAUGGCUUGGGUGGUGCUAACAUUUUUUUUAAGGCAACGGAUGAUCUUUUGGAAUGGAGUUUGCCAGAUCCAUGACUCACAUGAAAAAGAUCUGAUUGAUUUGUUCUUUGGUAUGAGCUCUGCAUAGGUCCAAUACCCCUUCCCACCCAGUACUACUCACUAUUUUAACUAUGAAAAGUGAUAGCCCCUGCCUCCAGAAAAUGGACUCAUUAAAUGUAUUCUGUCUUCUGAGCCAAGGGUGGGGGAUGGAGGUGGGGAGAACUAGGCAGGGCAUAAAGCCUGUUCCAAAGAAUGAGUGCCGAAAGCUUUGUGUCAGAAGCGUUAUGUAAAGUUGUCUUAAAUAUGCAACACAAAUAUAUCUAUAUCUCUA